UGUCUCUCCCCAGGUUCACUCACCCUCGUCGGCUGGGCAUGCUCACCUGCAAUUCUUUGAUUUCUUUUCGCUAUCUGGCUUCACUAACCCUUUAACCCUUGUGUUGUCUUCGGGUCAAAUUUGACCCGUUUUGAAAUUCUUUUGUAUGAAAAAUGUGGUUUUAUUUCAUGAAAUUACACCAAAAUAACAUGGAUGCUUCCACACUAUGCUCUAAACAAACAAACAAAAUGAUCACUACUUUCACCGAAUUGUGGGUAUUUUUUUCAAAUUUAUUCAGUUUUUGGUCUUCCCGGGUCAGAUCUGACCCGGUGUUGCAAAAGGGUCAAUAAGUCACGGUGUUUUGGUUUUCAGCAGAUGAACACCUGCAGGGGUCCAACAAGGUACGCAGUGGCUCGCGUUGAUAGUAUAACGACUGCUUUUCAACUGUUUCUGCCAGACCAAGUUGAAAAAAUUGUGCUGAACAUGACCAACAAAGAGGGGCAUCGUGUUUAUGGCAAUAAGUGGAGAGAGAUGGAUGGGAUAGCUCUCCAGGCAUACUUAGGUCUGUUGAUUCUCGCUGGUGUAUAUCGAUCCAAUAAAGAAUCCACGGCCAGUUUGUGGCAUGCCCAGUCUGGUCGAGCAAUUUUUGGGGCCACAAUGCCCCUCAAAAUGUUCCACAUUAUCUCAAGGGUCAUUCGGUUCGACGAUCGAGAUACAAGAACAGCACGCCGUGCAAGUGACCAACUCGCUGCCAUUCGUGAUGUAUGGGACAAGUGGGUGUGUCUCCUGCAGCAGAUGUACAACCCGGGAGCUGAUGUGACUGUGGAUGAGCGCCUGGUCCCCUUCAGAGGUCGCUGUGCCUUCAAGCAAUACAUGCCUAAUAAACCUGGGAAAUAUGGCAUAAAGAUCUGGACAGCGUGCGAUGCCAGGACCAGCUAUGCAUUCAACAUGCAAGUGUACACUGGCAAACCUGCUGAUGGACAGCCAGAAAAAAACCAGGGCAAGCGUGUGGUUCUUGAGAUGGCAGAAGGUCUCCGUGGACAAACAAUCACUUGUGAUAAUUUUUUUACAUCACAUGCCCUUGGCCAGGAGCUGCUCAAGAGAAAGCUGUCCAUGGUGGGAACAGUAAGGAAGAAUAAACCUGAGCUUCCACCAGCACUGCUUGCCACAAAAGACAGGGCUCGAUAUUCUUCCAAGUUUGCGUUCUCUGAGACACAUACUAUUGUGUCCUAUUGUCCCAAAAAAGGAAGAAAUGUGCUUCUGAUGAGCACUUUUCAUCGGGAUACUGCUGUCAGCGCCAGGGAAGACAAAAAGCCCCAAGUUAUCCUUGACUACAACCACAACAAAGGGGGAGUGGACAACCUUGACAAGGUUACAAGUGUGUACACAUGUAAGAGGAAGACAGCCCGUUGGCCCCUGGUGAUCUUUUAUAACAUACUAGAUGUGUCUGCCUACAAUUCAUUUGUACUGUGGACUGAGAUCAACCCAACAUACAAUCAGGGGAAGUGCCACAGGAGGAGGCUGUUCCUUGAGGAGCUUGGGAGAGAACUGGUGAUGCCUCUAAUCAAAAGACGCCAGGUUCUUCCCCGCGUGCCAGCAUCUGCUUGGUUGUGGAAAUCCAGACGGAUGGACCCUCUACCUCCGCAGCAGCUCCUACUAACCCAGCUGCAGCCACAAGGAAGAGGUGCCGAUUCUGCCCUGGCAAGAGUGAUCUCAAAACCAGCAUCAGGUGCCAAAAUUGCAUGGCAAACAUUUGCAAAAAACAUGCCAUUAUCACCACCCACUGCCCAUCAUGCAAAUGAUAGCACAUUCACACAGAGACACACAACUGCACUUACACAUGUAAGUAAUAAACAUGUAUAUUAUACAAGUUUUGAAAUGUUGAAACUAAAGUUUUAAGUUUUAGAAAUAAAUGUUGACUGUUCUAUGUAAAUGAAUUUAUUUAGCUCUUUGUUUACUCUGUUAUUUGUGAAUAAAAUUCCAUCAAAUGUUGACCUAGGA